AAAUAUUCAUAAAAUUCUAAUUAAUUUUAACUAUUAAAAUAUUUGUAGAAAUGACUCUAUUUAACAAAUAAUUACAAUUGAUAUUUUUUUAAAUUGAAUAAUUAUUGUAUAUUAAAAUUUCUUCUGCAGUUCAGCAAAUUGCGAAGCACGUAUCAUGAUCUCGACCUUCUCCUAUAUAAUCUAACGUACAGUGUUCCUUGUAUCAUUUAUGUGUCGAAAUUUUUUAGCUUUAUUAUUAAAAUGGAUAAUGUGAAAGAAGCAAUGAAUAUAAUCCAACAUGACUGGAAUACAUUAAAGGAUGAAGAACGCGAAAUUAUACGAUAUUACACCAUAAUUGGAAUGCGAUAUACAGUAACUUUUUUUGGUAAUGUGUAAGACAUAACACCAUUUAUAUUAAAUUAAAAAGGCAGAUAAAUAUGGAAAUAACGAAUACUGUUAAUCCAUUUCCGACACGUAAUAACGUGAUACAUUGUUUCAGCUUUAAGCAUGCCAUGCUUAUUUUGCUAUACUAUAAGUUUUUUUGUGCCAGGCACUCUCGAUUUAAUCUAUCCCUUAAAUGAAUCUCGUUCGAGGAAAUUACCCAUCUUAGCGGAAUACUUUAUUCUUGAUGAGCAGAAAUACUUUUAUCCUAUUCUUGUGCAUCAGUUAUUAGUAAUUGCAAUAGGCAUAACGAUAGUACUUUCAACCGAAACAUUAAGCAUGAUGUAUCUUCAUCAUACUUUUGGAUUGUUUGAUGUAGCUAGAUAUCAUUUGAAACAUGUUUUUGAUAACGAAACGUUAUCAGUAACUAAAAAUGAAAAGUAUGCCAUACUUCACGCCAGAAUUGUGAAAGUCAUAAAUAUCCACAGAAAAACUAUCGAAUUUGCAGAUUAUCUAUUGUCAACAUUUUAUGUGACUUAUUUUAUUAUGCUUGUGACAGGAAUAAUUGCAAUAACUAUUAACACGUUUCGUUUGAUUCAAGCUGUUUUAGCAAUGAAUGAUUUUAAAGAAUUAAUAGGAUCUGUAUCCUUUAUUGGAGGUCAAUAUGGCUUCUUGUUUUUCGUCAACUUUUUUGGACAAAAGAUAUCGGAUCGUAGCUUUCUUAUGUCCGAACAAGUAUACGAUGUACCUUGGUAUACAGCACCCGUGGAAAUCCAAAAACUUUUUGUAUUUAUACUGCAAAAAACAAUAAAAGGUUACGAGCUCGGCAUUAACGGUGUAAUUGUAGCAUCGCUGGAAAAUUUUGCGUCGUUGGCGAGCAUGACACUGUCUUAUCUCACUAUGAUAUAUUCCAUGCGUAAAGAUAGAUACGAAAUCUGAUUGUAAUAAAUAAUAUGUUCAAAGAUUGUAUUAUGAGUAUUGUGCACUAAUGUAGAAUAAAGUAUGUUUAUCACAAACAUUAAGCAAUUCUAAUAUAUUGCUUAAUAAUUAAGCAAUAAGUCAGAAUAAUUCUGCAAUAUUUCAUACUUAUUGCAUAAAUUUUGAUCGAUUCUUUUAUGUAAUAAAUUCUGAUCAGUAAGUUAGCCAGUCCCUAUUUUACAACGCAUAUGGCAUCAGUAUCAAAAUACUACCUUUUUAUUUGUACACAAUAAUUUGUACACCUGUAAUAUUAUGUAAGAGCGAUUCAUGGAGGGAAAUCGAAAUGUAUAUUUAUUUAGGGGAA